AUCGAUUUGGUGGCAUUUCACCAUCGCCACCAGCCUCGUCAUGUGGCAAGUCUACGCGGGCGUCGUGGCCGUGGUCGUGAUAUCCGUGGCCGUCUUCAUGAUCUACUACGAAGAGAAGAAGCACUUUGCCAACAUCGCGCACGGCAAGAUCCUCCUCUUCGGGCUCUUCUGGGUGCUUGUGAGUGCGUUGCAGUUCGCGCUCGUGCUGCCGCUGAAGCUCGUGCUCGCGCCCAACGAACUGCACAUCGUGGCGCAUGAGACGUGCCAGGUUGUUGCGCGUAGUCUGCACGUGCUCUUCUUCGGCCCCGUCGUCGUCGAAGGCCGACCCAACGCCAACCCCGACGAAGUGUACAUGAUCGUAGCCAACCACCAGACCAUGAUGGACAUCACGUCGUUGUAUUUCUUGGGCGGCAACUUUUCGUGGGUGUCCAAGAGCAUCAUUUUCCUCAUUCCUGGCGCGGGAUGGCUCAUGAAACUCGCCAACUACGUGCCGUUGACGCGCAAGAACAAGACGAGUGUGCUGCGCAUGUUUGAGCUGGCUAGGGACCGUUUUGCCAAUGGCUGGUCUGUUGUCGUGUUUCCCCAGGGCACGCGGAGACGCACCGAGUUCCUUCCGUUCAAAGAUGGCGCGUUCGACUUGGCCAUCGGCGCCAAGGUCCGCGUGCUGCCUGUGACGAUCAUCAUCCCGGACGACUUGUGGACAUGGAACCGCCUCGGGAAGGUCAAGUUGGUCAUCGGGAAACCCAUCGCGAUCGAGGACGGCAUGACCCGGGAACAGCUCAAGCAAAAAGCGUUCGACGUCGUGUUGGGCAACUUGCCCAAGGAGAAAUAGACGAGGACAAACCGACGAGGAAAUUUCCCCACCCUCCCAAAUACACCAUACGAAUAGAUUCCAACAGGAGGUUGGUUGGUUCCAUGGUGUUUGUGUUGAGCUCAUUAUUAUGGGGUAGUACUAUAUAUUAAUAGUACUUGGAAGUAC